AUGUCCGUCAGUCCUCCAGCGCACAUUGUUCCGCCGGGAGAGUCCUUAUAUUCGUCUCCCGAAUCCGUCCCUGCAUCCUCAGACGUGGACCGCCAAGUACGAGUAAUCAGCUCUCGGCCAAAGCCACAAUGUUGGGACCAUGGAUGCAAUGGUCGUGAGUUCUCAACCUUCAGCAACCUACUCCGUCAUCAACGAGAGAAAUCGGGGGUGGUUGCAAAGGCAGAAUGCCCGAGUUGCGGUGCUGUCUUUACUCGCACAACAGCCCGCAAUAUCCACGUUGCGCAGGGAAAGUGCAAAAGUGGAAGGGAGUCAUCAACAGAUUAA